AUGCUCGAGGGACUUGUGUCGACACUGCUGAAUCGGUUUCUGGGCAUGUAUGUCCAGAACUUCGACCCAAAGCAGCUAAAUGUCGGCAUCUGGUCUGGAGACGUCAAACUCCGCGACCUCGAGUUACGUCGCGAAGCCCUUGACCAACUGCGUUUGCCGCUAAACGUUAUCGAAGGCCAUCUUGGCUCUUUGACACUAUCGAUUCCCUGGUCAAAUCUGCGUGGCAAGCCGUUGAAGGUCAGCAUUGAAGAUGUCUUCCUGCUGGCAGCGCCAAAGGAGGAUGCAGACUACGAUGCUGAUGAGGAGGAGAGGCGCGCCCACGCUGUUAAAAUGGAGAAGCUUGAUAGUGCAGAACUGCUAAAAGAGAGAAACACUGAGGGCAUGAGUCCCGAGGAACAACAAAAGAAUCAAAGCUUUACCGCGAGCUUGGUCACCGCCAUUGUCGAUAACGUCCAGGUUACCGUCAAGAACAUUCACAUCCGCUAUGAGGACUCAAUAUCCGAUCCCGGCCACCCCUUCGCCCUCGGUCUCACACUUGCAGACUUCAGCGCUAUCAGCACUGACGAGAACUGGAAACCUACCUUCAUCCAAGAUGCCAAGCUCAUUGGUACUGGUAAGGGCAACCAGAGCAGCGAUGAGCAAAAAAUCGAUCGAUCAGACUUCAUAGAGCAGGCACGAAGCAUGAUUGCUAGAGGCGACAACCCUGAUCUAGGUGACCAUCAGUUCAUCCUCAAGCCCAUUAGUGGGCGUGCUGGUUUGGAGAUGGAUAAGACUGGAAAAACGGAUCGUGCUAAGAUGAAGGCUCGACUGUUGUUCGAUGAACUCGGUUUCAUCAUUGACGAAGAUCAGUACCGCGAUGCACUAAUGUUGGUCGACUUGUUUCACUACUUCAUUCGCCACCAAGAGUACAAGAAACUGCAACCAAAAUCUUCGCCCAAAGAAGACCCCGCUGGCUGGCUCCGAUUCGCGGGUAAUGCUGUACUCGAUAAGAUCCACGAGAAGAACCGCAAAUGGAGCUGGGGAUAUUUCAAAGAGCGGCGCGAUGACAGGAUACGAUACAUUGAGCUUUUCAAGAAGAAGAAGCGCGAAGAGAGGCUUGAUGCUACCGAGACAGAUGAUCUGGACAGAUUGGAGCGGAAGCUUUCGUACGAGGAUCUUCGCUUCUGGCGCUCGCUCGCCCGUAACCAGCUACGCAAAGAGAAUGUUGGUGUCAAGAAGCCGCCGCCCAAACAAACUUGGACGUCUUGGGUCUGGGGAAGUAAGCCAGAGGAGCAGCAAGAAGACGACAACACUCAGAUGAACGAGCAACAACGAAAAGAGCUGUACGACGCCAUUGACUGGGAUGAGAAAAAGGCCAUUGCUGAGUCGGUGGAUAUGCCCCGUGAGUACGUCAAGUUAGAAGUCAACAUGAGCCUACGAACAGGCAGCUUUACACUCAAGCGCGACCCACAUGGCAAGGGAAACGAGAUACUUCGACUUCUUUUCGACUCGUUCAGUACACAACUGCUGCAGCGUACGGAUUCGACGUUUGUCAAGGUGGCCCUUGAAGGUAUGCGUUUGUACGAUGGUACUACUGAGGGUAGUCUCUUUCCGCAAAUCAUCACGGUCAAGGACGCACCGCCAGUUCCUGACGACAAGCGAAUUGAAGAACUUAACGACGACGAGUCGCCCAAGGAUAUGGAGGCCGAGGAUGGCGAAGAGGAAGAGAAGGAAGAUCCAUUCUUCUUUCUGACCUUCGAAAACAAUCCACUCGACGGAGCAGCCGACACGAAUCUCACCAUGAAUUUGAAGAGCAUGGAGUUUGUUUACAAUCCUAGGUUCGUGGUGGAGGUUGCCAAGUUCUUCAAGCCUCCAGAGAGGCAUAUGGAGUCCAUUGGUGCACUCAUGGAGACAGCUGGAGCAACUGUUGAAGGCAUCCGACAACAAACCCGUGCAGGCUUGGAGUUCGCCCUUGCUGAACACAAGACUAUCAACGCCCAACUGAACCUGCAAGCCCCACUCAUCAUUGUUCCUGACUCGGUUACCAAGGAAUCAAGCAACUGUCUCAUCCUUGAUGCAGGUCAUAUGAGCGUCACUAGUGAGCUUGUUGACAAGGAAACCCUUCGUGACAUUCAAGCGAAACAGAAGCAGCAGUACACAGAGGAAGAUUUCCGGAGGUUGGAGAAUCUAAUGUACGACAAAUUCAACCUGAAGCUGGAGUCAACGCAAGUACUCAUAGGACCGUCCAUUGAGGAAACACGUGCGCAGUUGGAGCAAGAUUCAAGCGUGAAGAACUAUCAUAUCGUCGACCGUAUCAACAUUGAUUUCAAGAUCGAAAUAUGCAUCGUCCCAAAAGCAUCAGAUCUGACAAAAUUCCGCGUCUCUGGAAAUCUGCCCGUACUUCACGCAUCGGUUUCGGACUCCAAGUACAAGAAUUUGAUGAAACUGAUUGAUGUGGCCAUACCCAAGUUUGGGGAUGAUAGUGCAAGUAAACCAGUAGUCGAAGGAGCAAAGGGUCCGUCAAACCUGAAACCCAAGAAUGAGGCCAAGUCUGAAGCAGAUCCUCUCGGGCGAUCACGUUCAAGGUCUUUCGCAUUUGCUGCGCAAGAGCAUGAGCUUGUCAUGGAAGAGGAUAGCCACAGUGAUACCGAGGAGCAAUUCUCGGACGCGCAGGAGUCCAAAGGAGACAAGCGGAACGUGCAUUUACAUCAGCGUAACUUUGAGUUCAAAUUCACAGUCGACCGCCUUCAAGGCUCUCUGUACAGAGCAGAUCCUGAAGGGAGAAAGGCUGAUCAGCUCCUGGUCGAGUUGGUCGCUGAAAGUUUCGAUCUUGAUUUCUACCAAGAGGCUUUUGAGAUGGCUGCAGAUGUUCGACUGCGGAGCUUGGCUGUUGAAGACCACGUGGAAGAAUCUACAAUCCCUGAGUUCAAGAACAUCAUCUCAUCAGAAGACGUGUCAGCGGACGAACAGAAAGAUCUCUUCACACUGAAGUUCGUCAAAGUGAACAGAGAAUCGCCAGAGUUCCAAACCAAGUAUGAGGGCAUUGCGACGAACUUGGAAGUCGCCGUCUCAACAAUCAACUUGAUAGUGACUCGACGGACACUGCUUACCCUACUAGACUUUGUUCUAGAUACAUUCACGAACCCGGGACCUCCCCAAAACCAGCAGGCUCAGAUCAAGGACAAGCAGGAAGAAGAUGAACAACUGGUUGUUGAGCAGCCGCAAGCAGAACCAGACAAGAUACGCAUUCGCGCAGAGUUGAAGCGUAUUGCAGUGGUUCUGAACAAUGACGGUAUACGACUCGCCACGCUGAGUCUGAACUCUGGAAACGUUGGCAUUUUCCUUAGUGGAAAAACUAUGCGUAUUGGUGGAAGACUUGGAAACCUGUCGCUUAUCGACGACGUCAACCAAGGCGUAUCUGAGGAGUCUUCCCUUCGCCAGCUCGUGACUAUUGAAGGCAAAAACCUAGCUGAUUUCAGCUACGAGACUUUCGACUCUGAUUUGGAGAGCUAUCCAGGAUACGACGCGGCUGUCGCACUGAAGACGGGAUCUGUCAAGAUCAACUUUCUCACAGAGCCCUUCCGCAAGAUCAUGCAAUUUGCCGUCAAAUUUGGUAAAAUGCAGGCCAUCUUCAAUGCUGCUCGCCAGGCUGCGGCAAACCAAGCGACACAGAUUCAACAACGAACGACAAGAUUCCAUUACGACAUCACCAUUAGCACGCCCAUUGUUGUUUUCCCGCGGAUGUUGGCAUCCGACAAACCAGAUCAUGAUACACUUACUGCAAACUUGGGAGAGAUCUAUGCGAAGAACAGCUUUGUCCCUCUGGACGAUUCUGAAAGUGCAAAGACUGCCAACAAGAUUUCGGCCGGCAUCAGACACAUCAAGCUUACCUCAAGACUCCAUUACGACGAGGACCGCUCUGAAGAGCUGCAGUUGAUUGACAAAGUGGAUCUCGACUUCAAGAUCACCAUGGUUGAGCAUAGUCCCGGACAACAACGACCAGAUCUCGAGAUUGAUGGGUCUAUGUCGAACAUCAAUUUGCAACUCACACCUGAACAAAUGAAGUUUGCUUUGGAGCUUUCACGAUCUAUACCUGCAGCCUUCGCCACAGAGCCCGAGGCUAUUGAAGAGGACAUCCAAGCCGAGCUGCCAAGUGAGACGACGGGUCCUGCACGUCAACUAACGGGCAAGAGUAAUGAAAAUUCAGCACCAUCCAAGGACGUGGUGACUUCACAAGGACCUGAACUACAUACCGAUCAAGACAAGUGGACGAAGCUGGACUUUGUCUUCAAAGUUGGCACUAUCGGUCUAGAGCUCAUCAAGUCUGAAGAUGGCGAACCUGUUGGUGACGUCGAAGCCGCUAGUCUUUCAAGGUUCUCUUUGAACGACACCAAUGCGAAGGUCCGCAUGAUCAGCGAUGGCGCCAUGGAAGCGGAACUUGUCAUACAAUCCUUCACUAUCCGAGACAGCCGUAUGCAGGGUGCCAACAAGUUCCGCAAGAUCAUGUCGCUCAUCAACAACGAUGUCAAGCAGCAGUUCAUGGCUAGUGUGUCCAUUGCUGGCGGCCAAGAGCGCAGUAUGAUUGCGCUUCUGACCAUUGACAGUCCGCGCAUCAUCUUGGCUCUAGACUACUUGUUUGCUCUACAGGCAUUCGCCAAUGCAGGGCUUGCCACUGAUGAGCCCUUAGCUAUUGAACAAGGAGCCGAGCAGGAAGAAACAGAUAGCGACGAGGACGAUAUCAUGUCGCCUGAUGGUUCCCGAACACUGGAAGCACCUCAACCUGCUGAAGCGCCUACCGACAAUGGCAUGAACGUGUCAUUCCGUGUGAACUUGGUGGAUGCGCAAGUUGUACUCAUUGCGAACCCAGCUAUGGCCAGCUCAGAAGCCAUUGUGCUCGGCACCAAGCAAGUGCUCAUUUCUAAACAGCAAGCAAUGACGCUACAAGUUGACAAGGUCGGUAUGUUUUUGUGUCGCAUGGACCGAUUCGAGACCAAUCGCAUGCGCAUUCUCGACGACUUCAGCAUUCAAUCAGCCUUGGACAUGCGAAACCAGGGAUCAAAGUCUUCAAUGACGAGCAUAACCGUCGACAUAGAACCUCUCGUCCUACGACUGUCACUGCGCGAUAUCCUGUUGGCCAUGCAGAUCGUGAACCGAGCAUCUGCAAUGACUGCUCCCGCAGAGAAACCCAUGGCUUCCGCAGAAGCCCAAAAACUCAAGGCAACCAUACCAUCCAAAAAUGCUACGUCUCAUGCAACUAAAGCAUCAACUCACAAGGGCCAAGCAAAAUCUGUUGCGACUAGCAAGAGAUCUGUGCAGCAGACGGCCCAUCAAAAAGCACCUGCUUCAGCUGUCAUCAAAAGAGAAGAGUUGCAUGUCAGUUUUGAAGGCAUACGUGUUGUCCUCAUCGGUGACGUACAUGAGAUGCCUAUGCUAGAUUGGCGCGUGAAGAAGUUUGUAGUCGAUGUACGAGACUGGACGGGUGCAAUGGUCGCUGAUACAUCUGUCGACACACUGGUUAACGUGUACAAUUUCUCCAAGUCGGCAUGGGAGCCGUUAAUCGAACCUUGGAGUGUCGGGUUCCAUAUGUCCAAGGACCAGGACCCAGAAAAGUUAACCGUAGACCUCUAUUCUCGCAAAUCGAUGGAACUCACAGUAACAGCCGCUACGAUUGCGCUGGGAUCCAAGUCCUUCGACUUUCUCACUAGCGAAGACGACAUUCUAUCUAAACCCCGAGGCAAUGAUGCGCCGUACCGCGUGCGCAAUUACACAGGUUUUUGCAUUAAUAUUUGGGCUGAGGGCAAAGAAGAUGAGGGCUUCGCUGAUAAGCUCGAAGAUGGAGAAGAGAAGCCGUGGCGAUUCGAAGAUCCCAUGUCGGCAAGAGAAACGCUUUCUACCGAAAGCGCCACUGGGAUGCUUGGAAUCAAACUGCAAGGCAGUGGCUUUGACUCUCUUUCUCGCGUACAGGUGCAUCGUGAGGGAGAAUUUCUAUACAACCUGAAGCCGAAGCAGGAUCGCAUUCAGCAUCGCCUGCUGAUCGAUGUGAAGCUUGGAUCGGAUAACGUCAAGAACAUUACUAUCCGCUCCCCGUUAUUGGUGGAGAACAACACUCAGAUCCCAAUUGAACUUGGAAUGUUCAGUCCUGACGACGGCCAUCUUCUUAAGAUCGAUAAGAUUCCUCCUGGAGAUGCUAGGCCAGCUCCUGUUGGCGCUUGCCACAUGCAUUCCAUGAUUGUUCGCCCAGACCAGGGCUUCGGAUAUGCCUGGUCCAAUGAGCGCCUAUUUUGGAAAGACCUUCUCAAGCGCCCUACUCGGACAAUCACAUGCCGUGGAGAGCAGGAUGACCAAGCGCCACCAUUCUUCUUCCAGUUGCAUGCAGCCUAUGACAAGAAGGAUCCUUUGACUGGCGUCUACCCAUACAUGAGGCUUCGCCUCCAGGCACCAGUCGAAGUCCACAACCUUCUUCCGUAUGACUUCAAGUACAGGAUUUAUGACAGCAACACAAAGAAGGAUUGGACGAACUUCCUCAGAAAGGGCGGAAUCAGCCCAGUCCACGUAGUGGAGCUCUCCCAUCUGCUGCUGAUCAGUGUUGAAAUGCAGGAUGGGCCCUUCAAACCCAGCAAGUUUGGUAUCAUCAACUCCACCGACCGGGAAAGCUUCAGAAGAGAAAAAGUCCUUGAAGUGAGGGACAAAAAUGACACAGUUCUACACCUCAAUAUGCAUUUCUUCAACUUCCCUGACGGUGGUGGUGCUUUCAAGGUAGCCAUCUACAGUCCAUACAUCAUACUCAACCGCACCGGACUGCAGCUGGAUGUUCGAGCACAGCAAUCCAUGGCCUCAGGCAGAGCCGCUGCCGGGCAAGGCGUUGUCACGGAUAAUCAAGAAGAUACUGGCAAAGCCUUACCCUUCAUGUUCUCUUACCCAACCGAGAACAAGAAGAAUCGUGCUCUGAUCAGGGUUGGCGAUUCCAACUGGAGCAAGCCUCAGAGUUUCGACGCAAUUGGUAGCACAUACACUGUGGCUUUGCAGUCUGUCAAAGCGCGUUCCGACAUGCACCUAGGUGUAUCCGUCUCAGAAGGCGAGGGCAAGUAUAACUUGACCAAGACCGUCUCCAUCGCGCCACGCUUCAUCAUCAACAAUAAAAUGAAGGAAGAACUGCUUAUCCGUGAACCUGGCCAAUCUGACUGGAUGACGGUAAAGGACGGCGAGCUUUUCCCGCUUCGAUGGCUGCGACAAGGCGGCGCACCCCAGCUGUCGCUCUGUUAUCCCGGCGUUAACAACCAAUGGUCAUCACCCUUCAAUAUCUCCAAUGUUGGCAACGUACAUGUCAAGCUUUCCAAGGCUGGCCAGCGCCAAAAGCUCGUCCGUGUAGACAUUCUCAUGGAAGCAGCAACCAUAUUCUGUCACAUCAGUGUUGAGAACAAGCACUGGCCAUUCUCUUUCAAGAACAUGAGCGAUCAAGAGUUCUUGUACUGGCAAGUGAAUCCAAACCUAGAUGAGGAUGAAGAUGACCGCGGCUCUGGCUUCCGGCCGAUCAGGUACCGUCUGCCUCCUCGGAGCAUCAUGCCAUAUGCAUGGGAUUUCCCAGCAGCGAGGAACAAGGAAAUUGUGAUUAGUGCCAAUGGUCGAGAGCGACAUGUCAAACUUGCCGAGAUUGGGCCGCUCAUUCCAUUCAAGAUUCCGCCUGGCCAAGAGGGUGGAGGCAUGAAGGUUAUUGAUCUCAACGUCGUUGCUGCAGGUCCUACGCAGACUCUGGAAAUAGCAAAUUACAGGCCCUCGAAGAGUAUGUAUAAGCAAAAGUCUGCAGGGUCAUCAUCAACAACGACCGGGUUCGAAGUCAAGGAUAUGGAUACGGAUGUCACCUUUAAAGCACAGCUACGGCUUGCUGGCAUUGGCAUUUCGCUCGUCAAUCGUCACCUAAAGGAGCUAGUCUACGUUACGCUCCGUGAUAUUGAGCUGAAGUACUCGGACUCACCACUAUACCAGAUGGUCAAUAUGCAGGUCAAGUGGAUUCAGGUCGACAACCAGCUUUACGGCGGUAUCUUCCCCAUCAUCUUCUAUCCUAGUGUUGUUCCAAAGACCGGAAAGGAGAUGGAGGCACAUCCUAUCUUCCAGACCACAAUCACAAAAGUCAAGGAUGACUCGUAUGGCGUCUUGUACAUCAAGUACUUCACAUUCUUGCUUCAACAGAUGACUGUCGAAAUCGAUGAAGACUUCAUCUUUGCCAUGAUCGACUUCGCGAAUAUACCUGGCGCGUCUUGGACUGAAGAGAAGCAAGGCAAGCUGUGGGAUGAAAACCUCAGUAUUCCUGAACCAAAGCAAGAACAGUCUGGUCAAGAUGUCUACUUUGAGCUCCUACAUCUUCAGCCUAUGCAAAUCGAUCUUUCGUUUGUCCGAACGGAGCGUAUCAAUGCAGAAGAUACCAUGACUACUUCCAAUCCGUUCAUGUUCGCAGUCAACGUUCUUACCAUGUCGAUUGGCAAUGUCAACGAUGCGCCGGUACGAUACAACUCGUUGAUGCUUGAGAACGCUCGUAUCUCGACAACCGCAUUGAUCAAUAAUAUCAAGAACCACUAUGUCCAAGAGUCACUGCGACAAGUCCACGUGAUUAUUGGAUCUGCCGAUUUCCUUGGCAACCCGGUCGGUCUCUUCAACAACAUCAGCUCUGGCGUUGCGGAUAUCUUCUACGAGCCUUACCAGGGUCUGGUCAAAUCUGAUCGUCCUGAGGAUCUUGGUAUCGGUAUCGCAAAGGGCGCAUCGAGUUUUGUCAAGAAAUCGGUGUUUGGCUUUUCAGACAGCAUGGCCAAAUUUACUGGCAGCAUGUCAAAGGGUCUCUCUGCGGCAACUCUCGACAAGGAGUUCCAGGAUUCGCGUCGCAUGUCCCGCUCCCGCAACCGGCCCAAGCAUGCCCUUUACGGUAUUACGUCCGGUGGCAAUGCUUUUGCCAGCAGUUUAGCCAGUGGGCUCGGUGGCCUUGCUCGCCACCCCAUCCAAGGGGCAGAAAAGGAGGGUGCUCUUGGUUUCGUCAAAGGUGUCGGAAAGGGGCUGCUCGGUGUGCCUACCAAGGCUGCGAUUGGAGCUUUUGAUCUUGCGUCCAACAUGGCUGAAGGUGUGCGCAAUACAACCACAGUGUUUGACCAAGAGGGCCUCGACCGUGUGCGCCUGACGCGUUUCAUUGGCACGGAUGGCAUUGUGCGACCGUACUCUCAGCGUGAAGCGCUUGGACAGUUUUGGUUGAAGACGCUUGACAACGGCAAAUACUUCAACGAGGACUACAUUGCGCAUCUCGAGCUGCAAAACAAGGAGAUGCUCGUUAUGCUCACCUACAAUGGUCUCAUGAUGGUGCGCACGAAGAAGCUGCAAACCGAGUGGGAUGUGCCACUCAAGGAUGUACAGACGAUCAGUAAGGAGAGGACAGGAUUGGCCAUCACGCUCAAAGGAGGUACAAAUGGCCCAUUCAUUCCUGUCAGUGACGAGGGAAGCAGGAACUGGUUCUACCGCCAAGUUGCUGUGGGGGUCAACGCGUACAAUGACCGAUGGAAUGCGAAGGGUUAA